AUGUCACGUGGUGACUCCGGGUAUAUGAGUUACGAUUCUAUUUAUGGCCUUAAAUCGGAUGGAAGUAGCCGUGAUAAUUACAACAGCUUUGGUGCUUAUAAUGAGUAUGUUGAAGAUGGUCAAAGCACGAAAAUGUCAGGACAUGACAACAAUUUUAAUGAACGUGAUCAUUAUGAACACGUAUAUUAUACAAUAUCAAAUGAUUCCACGAACAUUGAUCAUAUAUCUAAUUAUAAACAGCGCAUGUAUGCGCACUCUCCUUCAUCCUCUUUAAAUGAAAACUCAACCCAAAUUCCUUCAUCGAAUCAUGUUGAAAAUGGUGGCAUUCUUCUGGGUUCACAUCAAAGGGUAAUUCAGAGGUCAACAGCAAAAAAUGGCAAUGCUUUAAUGUCUCCUGCACUUCCUCCUCCACUUCCACAAUAUUCUCCAAGAUUAUCACCAACGCGUCAACCGAAUAAUAUUUCUCCAACAUAUAAUACUUAUACAACAUAUAAUACUUCUCCAACAUAUAAUACUUCUCCAACAUAUAAUACUUCUCCAACAUAUAAUACUUCUCCAACAUAUAAUACUUCUCCCACAUUUAAACCACCUCCAUCACCCACAUUCAAACCACCUCCAUCACCAAAAGUUUACCCAAGAGGUUCAUCAUUAAAAGGAAAUGAUGAUAAUGUAGCUCCUAUUAACUCACGAGAUCGAAAUAAUCAUUCGUCAUUACCUGCCACGACAAAUCGACAACGUCAACAGCAUUUAAAUCAACGUUCUAAUACUCAUGAUGGCCAGAUACAGCUCCCUCCACCUCUUCAACCAAUUAAUUCACAAGAUCUCCCUAAUUCGGAUGAUACGCUAUCUUCACCAUAUGAUGUCUUUGAAUUAAUUAGUCACUAUUCGGACAAUACUGAUAGAUCUGAGAAGGUUGUAAAGCCCUCCAAUAGUGAUAAUAUACGUUCACCACAAGAAGCAAAAAACCGAAACCGUGAUUCUGCUGUUAAAGAAAUUCUUACUACUGAACGAACUUAUGUCGAUGGCCUGAGAAAACUUGUAAAUUGUUUUUUAGUACCCCUGCGAGAAAACUACAAAUCUGCUCAAAAAAGUAUCUUGUCUACUAAACCUCUUGCUACAUUGGAAGAUAUCUCAUCUUUAUUUGGUAACAUUGAGCCGUUAUUGUCAUUCCACGAACAAUUGUUAAAAUAUCUAGAAGAAAGAUAUAGGCAAUGGAGCCCAACUGAAAAGAUUAGUGAUAUAUUUACACAAAACGCACCUUAUCUAAAGAUGUAUAGUGCUUAUUUGAAAGGUUUUCCACAAGCAAUAGCAACUAUGGAGCGUCUCAAUAAAGAGAGCAAAGAUUUUAAAAAAUUUAUUCAGAAUUGUCAGGCAAAACCAGAAUUGGGAAAUUUACCUUUCAAUUCUUUCUUGAGUUUGCCAAUUCAACGAAUACCUCGUUACAAAUUAUUGUUGGAGGCUUUAUUAAAACAUACCGAGAAAACACACCCUGAUUAUAUAAAUCUCGAACAAUGUGUACACCAAAUUAGUUUGAUUGCCGAGGAAGUUAAUGAAAAAAUACGAGAUGCUGAAAACCAACAAAAAGUAUUAGAAAUCCAAAACAAAGUAGAAAGACUGCCCGGCAAUAUAAUAAAUCCUGCUCGAAGAUUUAUAUACCAAGGAGAUUUAUAUAAAGUUACUCAACGAAUGUCAUCCGUGAAACCCUACUACAUAGCAACGGAAGAUAGACGCGCUCAUUUUCUAUUUAAUGAUUUACUUCUCCUUUGUAUAGAAUUCCAAGGAAAGCUAUUGUACACCGGACAAAUUAAUUUGAAUAAUGCAUAUCUAAUUGAUAUUGGAGAUGAUGAGGCAGAUCAACCCUUUUGUUUUCAAAUAAUCACCACCACAGCGGAAGGAAAGGAAGCAUGUCACACGGUUCGAGCAACGACAGUUGAAGAAAAAAUGGAAUGGAUUACACGAAUUGAUAAUGCACUCAAAGUGCUGAAAAGAAUAAGAAAUAAUUCUAGUAUCAGAUCAAAAAGUAAGUUAAUCUAA